AUGCUGUUCCCGCACGACCUGCCGGCAGCCAUCUUUGCAUUCCCGCGCACGAACUGGGCCAGGGGACGCCAUUUCCCUCCGCCCGCCAAGAACAGCAUCAACAGGAAACGCUGUCUUCUCAACGACUAUGUGCGCGACAUGCAUCAUCUUGGACGCCGUGCAGAGACGGUUUACGCGUGGCACGAGGUCAUCGACGACAUUACUGUGUCCGUGAUGAAAAAUGCAGCACUUCACGCCACUCCGACUGCAACACGCUCCCUGAUCUCCGAGCUCAACCGCACCCAGGGGCACAUCGUCGCCGACUUUGACUCACGCGAGUUCUUUCCACACGCCCAGCGCGAGCAGUAUCCUCCAGGCUUUGUGGAGCGAUACAUGCCGCAGGCAGCCCACGAGGCUGCAACAACCAAACUACUCUUCUAUCCGGCUGCAUGGGAAUACGACCUCGACGGCAAUCCAACAACACCAGUUGGCCCACCCAUGUGGUUCACGGCUGAUGGCCGACCAUCGUCCCCACCUUCGGGGUGGCAGGUGGCUCCUGCUCUGCCCAAGACCUGA